CCAGCGCGCGUGCGCAGUGGCUCCUUUUACCUCAGUUUGAGCAGAGAGCCAGCUGUGAGGCCAUUGCCAUGCCAACGCUGGCAUGUGGGAACUAGGCCUCGACUCUGAAUGUGGGCCUCCUUUCUGCCUAUGCUUUCGAAAAGUGGGGAAAGGCAGCCAGAGCUGAUGGGACAGGUUUUAACGACUCUAUAGCCCACAAUCCCUUUCCUGGCUGGGCCCAUGCACUGCUCCUGCUUCCAGGCCUUGGUGGCGGCCUUGGCCUUGGUGGCCGGCUUGCAGCUGCUCUAUUUGGCCCUCCUUUCGGGCCUCCAUGGGCAAGACCAACGCUCCCGCUACGCCGAACUCUUCCAGGGUCGCCGGCCUUUGCCUCGCGACGAACACAGAGAGCGGCUCAAGCGGGUCCUGGCCAGUGGUGGCCUCUUGGACACCAGUGGUCAAUACCGCGUCUACCGGGAUGUGUUGCGGGGCGACUGGGAUGGCCAGCGGAGCCCGGACAUGGUGCUGGUCACUCACACCAGCUUGGGCAACCUGCACCACGCCCAGCGCCUGGCCGAGCGGUGGCAGGGUCCCUUCUCGGUUGCCGUUUUCGCCCCCGGCGCGGCCGAGGUCCGUCUGGCUGUCACCAUGAUCUACGCCAUCGCCGCCCUUUGCUCGCCCCUUCGGCAAUUGCUCCGGCUCCAUUUGGUGUGCCACGCGGAUCAGGCGGCCACUUUCUUCUCUGGGGACGUCGCCCGCCUCGAAACCUGUGGGGACGUUUUCGCCAAGCUGUCGCGGAUCGGCUCGCGUUGGCACAACUACGGCGCCAACGCGUCGUACCCCAACAACCUGCUGCGGAACGUGGCCAAGAAAGCCGUGGGCGACCACUGGGCCCUGGUCGUGGACAUGGAUAUGGUGCCCAGUGAAGGACUGCGAGAAGCCUUCCUGGCCUUGCGGAAUGAUGAGACGAUGCCGGGGGUCUUCGUGGUGCCGGCCUUCGAGAUCCGCCACACGCGGCGCAUCCCGGGCACCAAGGCGGAGCUGCUACGGCUCUACCAAGUGGGCGAGACCCGGCCCUUCUACGAGGAGCUCUGCCCCCGCUGCCAGGCCCCCACCAACUAUUCCCAGUGGGUCAACCUCCCGGCCGGAGGACCCCUCCGCGUGGCCUACGAUGUGGAGUGGAGGGACCCCUGGGAGCCCUUCUACGUCGGGCCCCCGUCGGCGCCACCGUACGACGAGCGGUUCAAACAGUACGGCUUCAACCGCAUCAGCCAGGCCUGCGAGCUGCACGUGGCCGGCUUCCGCUUCUCAGUCCUGAGUGACGCCUUCCUGGUCCACAAGGGCUUCAAAGUGUCCGGCGAGUUCCACCCGCAAAAAGAUGCCGAAAACCAGCGCAACAAAGGGCUCUUUCGGCAAUUCAAGCAAGAACUGAAGGUCCGGUACCCCUCUUCACCCCGACGGUGCUGACUCUGUAGUCACAAAGAACUAUAUGCCUCUGCUUGUGGACUGUGGGGGAAGGAAAGCCUUCACUGAAAGGCCCACACUCAGGAUCAGGAUAUAAAUCAGACAGGAAAAGGUAUAGGGGUUUGGCCUGCUCCAAAUAGGUUUGUUGCUGCUAGAAGGCCUUGGGACUGGCAGGGUGGACGUUGCCUUAUGCUGAGUCGGACCCUCCGUCCAGGAAAGCAGACCCCAGGAGAUGGAAACGAUGCGGAUCCCGGCUCACGUUUUUUUGUAGGACUUAUUUUUUUUCCACCACUUUUGGGGUGGUCCAAGGUGGUUCAAAGAAAAUCAGCAACUCUCACGAAGGUUAGGGCCUACUUCUGGAGGAAAUAACCCAUAUGGCCAGGGUUGUUUUUGACACAUAGUCAUAAUACAAUGGAGUUUCGUUUAUCCAACCUUUCCUCGUCCAACGUUCUGUAUUACCCAAUGCAGUCUGCUUCCUGCCCGGAUCCACAGCUGUUUCUCUAGGCAACAACACACCCAACAACAACACAAGUGGCAGACUUGCUGUAAUACAUCAUGUAAAAUCACAACGUACCGUAAUUUGACAUUUAAUAGGCUUUUCCUUAAUCCCUCCUCAUUAUCCAACAUUUUCGCUUAUCCAACGUUCUGCCAGCCCGUUUAUGUUGGAUAAGCGAAACUCUGCUGUACUAGCAAAUGUGGUGUGUGUGUCUAUAUGUAUACACACGCACAGAGUGGCUCUUUCUUUCCUCCCUCCCUUCCUUUAUUUUCUUUCCCACUGGUCUUUUUUUCUUUAGUUCAAACCCCUCAAUUAUUUUAAUAUGGAUCAUGAAGGGUAUGUUCCAUUUGAAUGCUUGUAUGUUUUGAUGGUUUUAAAUUAUAUAUUGUAUUUCUUCUAUUGUUGGGUCUCUUUUUAAGAGAUAGGAAUAAUUAAUAAUGAUAAUAAUAAUUGUCAAAUGUCAUCCAGAUCCAUCAAGCCAUGUUGGUACAAACCAACCAACCAGGUAAAGGUAAAGGUUUUCCCCUGACGUUAAGUCCAGUCGUGACCGACUCUGGGGGUUGGUGCUCAUCUCCAUUUCUAAGCCGAAGAGCCGGCGUUGUCUGUAGACACCUCCAAGGUCAUGUGGCCAGCAUGACUGCAUGGAGCGCCAUUACCAACCAACCAACAUAUAUAUAUAUAUACAGACUUUGCCUUUUAAAAUAUUAUAUACAUGAAAUAGGUAAAGGUUUUCCCCUGACAUUAAGUCUCGUCCUGUCCGACUCUGGAGGUUGGUGCUCAUCUCCAUUUCUAAGCUGAAGAGCCGGCGUUGUCCAUAGACACCUCCUAGGUCAUGUGGCCAGUGGCAUAACCGCAUGGAGCACCGUUACCUUCCUGCUAGCGUGGUACUUAUUGAUCUACUCACAUUUCCAUGUUUUCAAACUGCUAGGUUGGCAGAAGCUGGGGCUAACAGCGGGAGUUCACCCUGCUCCCCAGAUUCGAAUCCUCAGUGGUGCAGUAUCAUGGUGAUGAAGAUGGAAAAUAAGGUUGGGGCCAUUGGUGUCUCCUGCGUAGUGGGAGCUAUAGCUGUUUGUGGAAGUGGGACCUUGUCUGUGGAAGUGGACACCCCAGCCACACACAUACAUACAUAUUUUCACUUUUAUUAUGUGCAUAGAUUUACAAUGUACAUCAAAUACUUCUUUCCAACCUUUUGUGUCUAAUAAGUAUUCCAGGGCGUCAUUAAACCAUGCCUAUUGUUUGGAUGGAAGCAUCCAUUUCAGCCCUCUCCAAUAUGUGAAUUCAACAGUCCCCGAAAAGUAGGUGCGAUUUGAAAGAAUUACUUUACUCGAAUGUAAGGCUUGCCUUUUUGAGCUAAACGACCUUGCCAAAAUUGGGGUGUGCAUUACUCGAGUAAAUACGAUAUUAACUAUUUCAUUUGCACCUACUUUUGAUACAUACUAAGUUGCUUAUUACUUAUUUUGUUGCAGUUUCUGGAGAAUAAUAACUAUUUCCAAAUUAAGUAUUGCCCAAUUAAAUAGGAAAUAACACUUUCAAACCAGGAACAGACUUUUUUUCCAAAUUUUGUAGCUUAGUAUUAUGUUAGUUUCCAUCUGUAAUAAUAGGCGCCCGUAAAAAAGUCAGGUGAGCAUAACCCUAGCACCAUUGAUGAUGAUGAUGAUGAUGAUGAUGAUUGUUGUUGUUGUCGUUGUUGUGUUUAUUAUUGUUUUCUAUCCAUAAGGAGACUCCAGAGAUCCAGAGAUCUCAGGAUUUGCUCAAAACUCUGCAAGGAUCCACUUGUUGCAAAGCAAACCAAAAUGCUACAGAUUAAACCCGAAAACUAUAAACUAUAAACCCUUCUUGCUUAGUUUCCAAUAGACUUCGCAACCUCCGAGGAUGCCUGCCAUAGAUGUGGGCGAAACGUCAGGAGAGAAUGCUUCUGGAACAUGGCCAGAUAGCCCAGAAAACUCACAGCAACUGUUUAAUAAUAAUAAUAAUAAUAAUAAUAAUAAUAAUAAUAAUAAUAAUAAUAAUAAUAAAUGAUAAUAAAUGAUAAUAAAAAUAAUUCCGGCCAUGAAAGCCUUCGACAACAAAUUCUCUUUAUAUUUUUUGGGUUUAAUCUGUAGCAUUUGGUCGUAUCCUCGUAUGUGUAAGCUCACCCUUACACAUCUGUACUAUGCUCUACGUUUUAAGGACCUGAUAUGUUUAUGCUGUGUUAUACUGUUUUUAUUGUUUUAUAUUGUUUUAAAUUAUGACUGUGUUUUAUGUGUAAUUCUGCUGGGCUUGUCCCCAUGUGAGCCGCCCCAAGUCCCCUUGGGGAGAUGGGAGUGGGAUAUAAAAAUAAAGUUAUUAUUAUUAUUA